UCCAGCGCAAGACGAACCUCAGUGUAGGCGCAGCCGUGGCGGUACCUGUUCUCACCGCCCUUCCCGGACCCCGGAUACCUGCGCUCGGGCCCCCGAAGGCCGGCUCGCACCCCACGCCCACCGGACCCCCGCCAUGCGCGGCCUCGGGCUCCUGCUGCUCGCCGCGCUGGGGCUGCGGGAGGUCGCCCCGGGGGCCGCCCUGCCCCACGUGGAGCAGUACGAGGUGGUGCAGCCCCGGCGCCUGCCUGCACCCCGCGCUCGGCGGGAUCUGCCCUCCCGCCUGGGCCUGUACCCAGAGAGUGUGAGCUAUGUCCUGGGGGCCCGGGGGCACACCUUCACCCUGCAUCUUCGGAAGAACAGGGACCUGGUGGGCUCGGGCUACGCGGAGACCUACACGGCCGCCAACGGCUCCCAGGUGACAGAGCAGCUGCAGAGGCAGGACCACUGCUUCUACCAGGGCCACGUGGAGGGGCACCCACACUCGGCCGCCAGCCUCAGCACCUGUGCUGGCCUCAGGGGCUUCUUCCAGGCAGGCCCCGCUGUCCGCCUGAUCGAGCCCCUGGCGGGGGCCGGGGAGGAAGAGCCACACGCCCUGUACCUGGCGCAGCACCUGCAGCAGGAGGCUGGCACCUGCGGUGUCAACGACAGCAGCUUGGAGAGCAUCCUGGGGCCGCGGGUGUCUGCAGCCUUCAGACCCCGGUGGUCAGAACCCAGAGAGACCCGCUAUGUGGAGCUGUUUGUGGUCACGGACAGCACGGAGUUCCAGCGGUUUGGGAGCAGAGAGGCCGUGCGUCAGCGGGUGCUGGAGGUGGUCAACCACGUGGACAAGCUCUAUCAGGAGCUCAAUUUCCGCGUGGUGCUCGUGGGCCUGGAGAUGUGGAAUGGUGGGGACAAAAUUCAGGUCAGCUCCCAGCCCGACGCCACACUGGACAGCUUCCUGGCCUGGAGGGCCCGAGAGCUGGUGGGCCGGCAGGCGCACGACAACGUGCAGCUCAUCACCGGGGUCGACUUCACCGGGACCACCGUGGGACUGGCCAAGGUGUCUGCCAUGUGCUCCCAGGGCUCGGGGGCUGUAAACCAGGACCACAGCCCGAAUCCCAUCGGUGUGGCGAGCACCAUGGCCCACGAGAUGGGCCACAACCUGGGCAUGGACCACGACGAGAAUGUCGCCGGCUGCUACUGCCCGGUGCCGCGGGAGGGCGGCGGCUGCGUGAUGGCGGCCAGCAUCGGCUCCCAGUACCCCAGGAAGUUCAGUCAGUGCAGCCGGGCCGACCUGGAGACGUUCGUGGAGAAGCCCCGCACGGGCUGCCUGGUGGACACCCCGGACCUUGACCGGCUGGUGGGCGGCCCUGUGUGCGGAAACGGGUUCCUGGAGCGCGGGGAGCAGUGUGACUGUGGCCGUCCCGAGGACUGUCAGAAUCGCUGCUGCAACGCCAGCACAUGCCUUCUGGCCAAGGGGGCCGAGUGCGCCCACGGCGCCUGCUGCCACGAGUGCAGGGUGAAGCCAGCUGGAGAGCCGUGCCGCCCCGCGAAGGACCAGUGUGACCUCGGCGAGCACUGUGAUGGCCGGUGGCCCACAUGCCCCGAGGACGCCUUCAGGGAGAACGGCACCCCCUGCCCGGGGGGCUACUGCUACAACGGGGCCUGCCCGACGCUGGCCCGGCGCUGCCAGGACUUGUGGGGGCCAGGCUCGCGGGUGGCCGUGGAGACUUGCUUCCGCUACGGCAUCUCCGAAGGCUGUCGGGCUGGGGUCCCCCUGCAGUCCGGCAGGGUCAACAGGUGUGGCACUCUCUUCUGCGAGGGGGGGCAGGAGCCCCCGGAACGCGGAUACUGCAUCCUCACCACCUCGUCGGGCAUUUGCCGGGCUGUCGUCCAGGACGGCAGCACCGCGUACGAGCCGGUGCCCAAGGGCACCAAGUGCGGCGAGGAGCAGGUUUGCUGGGACGGCUUCUGCCAGGACCUGCACGUGUACAGAUCCAGGAACUGCUCCGCUCGGUGCAACGGCCAUGGGGAGUGCAACCACAAGGGCCAGUGCCACUGCCACCCGGGCUGGGCCCCGCCCUACUGCGCAGAGCCACCGUCCGACACGCACGCAGCCCCUGGGAGCCUCCGAACGCGUGUGCUGGCGGGCGUGGGCACCCUGGUGGUGCUGGUGCUGAUCCUGGUGGGCGUUCUCAUCUACCGCAAGGCCCGGAGCCCAGUCCGAAGGAGGAACGUGGCACCCAAGUCGGCCUUGGGGCUCUCCAACCCCCUGUUCCAGGAAGGGCUCAGCAAACCUGCGGAAGGCGGGGCUCAGGCUCCCCCCGGCGGCUCCCUAGAGCCGGCCCCUUCCUCCCAGCCCCCCAAGCCCACAGCUUCCUCAGUGACCCCUAAGCGCCCACCCCCUGCUCCUCCAGCUGCCAUGGCCAGCCCACCGUCCCCUCUUCCUGUGUACCCCCCGCAGGCCCUGGGCCAGCAGCUCAGACCUGCUCCUCCCGCCAAGCCCCUUCCGGUGCUGAAGCCAAAGCAGGUCAUCAAGCCGACCUGCGCUCCCCCGAUUCCACCCGUCAAGCCUGGAGUGAGAGGGGCCCAGCCUGGACCCACUCAGGUUGCUCUGAAACCUCCUGUCCAGAGGAGGUGAUAGGGCCCAAGCUCAAAGCACCCUGAGUGGUGUGGUCUUGUGACCUCGCCAGCAGCAGCGACACAUGCAGCCACCUGGCCCCAGGCCCUCCACCCUCUCAGGGGCUGAGUCCUCUCUGAACUGUCCUAAGAGAAGAGCCAGCUCCUCAGGGCCAAGACCACUCUUCCGUGUCUCAAGGUCACAGCCUAGCGCCUCCGGACCCGGGACUCCCUGGCUGGGCCCAGGACUCCCAGCUGGGCCAUCGGCUGCUGUCCUGACCUGGGGAAGGAGGUUGGGGGAGGCCAGCCCCUCAACUGCAUGUGUCUUCAGACCGCCACUGGUGUCUUAUCUGGUACCUGAAAACCUCAGGUGCACAUUUAGCAGGGCUCAAAAAUUUAAUAAAAUGUUUAUAUUUUA